CGCGCGUUCAACCGGCGCCGCGCGCUCGCUCGCUCGCUCGGCCGCCCGCAAAGUCGUUAUCGGCGUGCACGAAGAGUAGUCGGUCGAGUUACGUUUGCGUUAGUUGUCCGUUUCAUUAGUACGUGACGUAUCGGUGUACUCGCGAUAGCUUAACCUCGUCAUCUUCGUCGUUCACUUUUGCCCGCGAAUGUCGCCCGCCGUUGUCACCGCCGUUUCCUCGUGCACCGCCUACCCCGACGUCGUCGUCACCGUCGUUGCUGCUGCUGCUGCUGCUGCUGCUGCUGCUGCUGCUGCUGCUGCUGCUGCCGCCGCCGCUGUCGUCGCCGCCGCCGCCGUCGUCAUCGUCAUCGUCGUCUUCAUCGUCGUCGUCGUAGUCCGACCGGUGUAAAAAAAGAACGCGCUCUCGCUUUUCGGCGAGCGAAAACCGGCGCGCGCGAGUGUGAGCGGACAGUCCGCGCGUGUACGCGACAGAGUCUCGUCGUUUUUGUCGAGCAGAGUUCGAUAUCGAGUGCGCGAUGAGCGGCAGUAGAAUCAGCGAGAGCAGGGAACGGACGAAUGGCCACGUGCUGGUGUGGGAGCAACCCGGGCUCGACGAGGCGGAUCGACCCGCGCGAAAAGGCUUUUUUGGGAGACGUCACUUUGUGACUUUUAUGUUGUUCCUCGGUAUGGCGAACGCUUACGUAAUGAGGACCAAUAUGUCUGUGGCUGUCGUCGCGAUGGUCAAUCACACAGCGUGCAUCGACAAACAUGAGGAGGUGACGAACGAGUGCCCAGAGUAUAACGUAAACGAGACCGUGACUGUUAAAAACAGCGACGGCGAGUUCUCGUGGUGCAGCAAGGAGCAAGGUUACCUUCUGAGCGCGUUCUUCUACGGCUACGUGAUCACGCAGAUACCGUUCGGUAUACUCGCAAAGCGCUAUGGUUCCAAGUAUUUCCUUGGAAUCGGCAUGCUGAUCAACUCGCUCUUCGGACUGUUAGUGCCAGUGUCUGCGCACUUUGGUUACUAUUGGUUGGUGGUCGUGCGCUUUAUCCAGGGUUUGGGAGAGGGUCCUAUUGUGCCUUGCACGCACGCCAUGCUGGCCAAAUGGAUACCACCUAACGAACGCAGUAGGAUGGGUGCCUUCGUCUAUGCCGGUGCACAAUUUGGUACGAUAAUCUCCAUGCCGUUGAGCGGGGUACUGUCCGAAUACGGAUUCGCAGGCGGUUGGCCGUCGAUCUUUUACGUGUUCGGAACUGUCGGCACUUUGUGGUGCAUAUUCUUUCUGAUGUUUGUCCACGAGGAUCCCGAAAAAGAUCCGCACAUUGCAGAAGACGAAAAGAAAUACAUUGUGAGCGCCCUGUGGGGCAGCGCCGGUGCAUCUUCGCCACCAGUCCCGUGGAAGUCGAUUGUAACCUCGUUGCCGUUCUGGGCCAUCUUAAUAGCGCACAUGGGUCACAAUUACGGGUACGAGACCCUGAUGACUGAGCUUCCGACGUAUAUGAAGCAGAUUCUUCACUUUGAUAUCAAAUCGAACGGCUCAGUUUCGGCACUUCCAUACUUAGCCAUGUGGAUCUUUUCCAUGGUGAUCUCCCAUAUCGCUGAUUGGAUGAUUUCGUCGGGAAGAUUCAAUCAUACCAGCACCCGUAAAAUUAUCAACAGCAUCGGCCAGUAUUCACCGGCCGUGGCAUUGGCAGCUGCCUCAUAUACCGGUUGCAGCCGCUGGUUGACAGUAACCCUUUUGACAAUCGGAGUCGGCCUGAACGGCGGUAUAUACUCUGGUUUUAAAGUCAAUCAUCUCGACAUCUCGCCAAGAUUCGCCGGGGUUUUAAUGUCCUUCACCAAUUGUCUGGCUAAUCUCGCAGGUCUACUCGCGCCUAUCACAGCUGGAUAUAUUAUCACGGGAACGCCAACGCAAGCGAAAUGGAGGACCGUAUUUAUGAUCUGUGCUGGCGUUUAUAUCAUGUGUGCGACAUUCUACGCGGUCUUCAGCUCUGGUCAGAGGCAGAAGUGGGACAAUCCAGAUAAGGACGACGAGAAGAGCGAGAAAAGGGAGUUGGAGAGUGUAAUUACUGUGAACGAGACUCAACAUUGACAUCUACAGAAACAACAACAACAUGUUUUACCAAUAAGAUCAGUGAUGAUACGAGGAGAUUUACACUGAUGACACGACGCUCGAGUCCACUUGGCCAUUUCUGCCUGAAAACAUUCAUUCCCUCCAUGUUAUUUAGCCAAUCGGAACGAACGAGCUAAGGUGUUUACGAGCAAUUAAGGUGUUUAAAAAUUAAUCUCGAAUUUUUACUUCUUUUUUUUUUUAUUUUCUUUUUUAUCACGAGGAUUCAAAAUUUUCACGAUAAUCAUAGGUGCACUAUAAGUCUUCAUACUUUUGUAUUUGAUUGCAAAAGUUACAUACCAAUUGCUGUAGUGCUAUAGCGUGUAUGUCUCGUAUUAGAGACAAUCUGUAUGCUUGUGUGUUUAACGAGAGAGAGAAAGAGAGAGAGAGAGAAAGAGAGUGUGUGUGAGAAAGCGAGAGAGCGAGCGAUAGAAACGAACGAAAAGGAAUAGAAAAAGGAAGGUAAGUGUAUUGCCGUAUUUUAAAAGAAUGUAUACUCAAAACCGAGCUAAUACUUCAAAAGGCUUUGGUUCUCGUGUCGUUUCUUAUAUUUGAUAAUUUAUAUCGAUUUUAUAUAUAAUUUCGGGUAUUACGCAGAACUAGAAAAUCUGACUUUAAGAGCUGGCUUAUCAGAGAAACAAUAGCAGAGAUAAAAUAUUUUCCUCAAAACAUAAAAUGAAAAUCAUUGCCUGUAGAUGAGCGAAUUUCUACACUUGCCGGAAAUGUUAUCAUGACAAGCAGAAGUCAAUAUGAUUACGAUCUCAGGGAGAUCGAAAGUGACGUUUCAACGUUUUUCGAUUCUCGGGAACGAUCCGUACAGUUUCAGUUUUUCGAGUCUUUCUGGAACGUAAUAUCAAUCUUUAGAGACUUGUGGUACGCCGUGUUAUACACGCGUAAAAUUUGCCUUCGACGGAACGUACACUCCGAUACAAAUACAAAAUCUAAUUUGGACAAUAAGCACUCCAUCAAUUCGAACAAAAUGUAUCAAUCUAGAUCUUUCACGCUAUAACAACACAUUAGUCAUUAUACUAUAUGUUGAGAUAACUAAAUAAGACUAUAUAUAUAUAUACAUAUAUAUAUAUAUAGUUGCCAAGACUUGUAUAAGGAGCAUUAUGUGUCGUAGUGCUUUUCCAUUGCUUAUCUUCAAGUUAGAUUUCGUGUUUGACAAACUUGGCAGCAGUAUUAGAAAUAAAUAUCCCCAUUAUUCAUUUUUGUUUGUUACGUCACUUUUUAUUACAAAUACUGCCAUUUUGUAUUGUGUGGCCCGGAGCGAAAGAGGCGAAAGGAAUGCUAGAGAAAACGUGUUCCGGAUUCUCGUCUUGACGAUUCUCGUCUUGACUUUUACCGGAUGUAGACGCCGCGCGAACAACAGUGUACAAUACAACAAUGGUGUUUAUACAUACUGUAGAUAUUUGCGCGUAGUAUCCCCCGUUAAGUUAUAGAAUAUUAGAUAAACCAUAGUUAUUUAUAUGCAGCGUUUACGAAGGACAAAUAUAUCGUUAUGUCAAUCGUACAGGAAUGAAAUCGCGUGAGAUCCAGAUGAAAGGAUUUCAAUUUUAUUUGUAUUGUAGAAUGCAUUUUGUUCUUUUCUGUAAAUCGAUAAGUAAUCUCUCUUUCUUAAGUAGCACAAAGUAACAACUCUCUGAUGACAAUUGUGAUUUCUCUUCUUGUAGAGUUUCGAAUAUCGAGGCUAUAUAAUACGUAUACACUUAUAAUUAAUAUUAUCUCGUUGGAUCCUCUCGCCCGAUGAAAAUACAUAAUUACGCGGAACGAAUUCGAGUUUAUAUAAGUUGGCAAAAACAAGUUUUCAAAAACGCAUUACUUCUGUGCUUUCUUUUUUUGCUGCGUCUUCUCACAAUGAUGCGCAUCGUAUCUAGAAUGUAUUCAACGCGACUGAUUUUUGCUACGUUUUACACGAGUUUCGAAAACGAAAGUAUGGAAAAGAUAUACUUGCACGUUUUACAAGAUCUUUUCGUAAGGCGAAUCUGCGACUAACGAUUAACAGGCCGCGAAAUUGCCUAAAGCUGGAACGAAUUAUUAAAAGAUUUUUUUUUUCAAAAAUGAUUGCGUUGGCUGAUUUAUUUCGCGGUAAUUCCGUAAAAGAAACUUUCAGAAAUAACUUGAGAUAGCAGCGCUGUGUUAUAUGCAAGUUAGGACGAAUAAUCAGGUGAACGCAACUGUUUUGUGAUUAUGUAAAAGUGCCUUGGACCAUUAGUAUUUUCCAUUUCGUGUUUUCCUUUUAUACGUAGCGUAUUAUAAAAUUGAUUUUCGCGUUACCCUGACAGAAAGAAUACCAAAGUAUUUACUUGUUACUUCAAACUGUCCCGAGUAUAUAAGCACAUCGAGAAAUAUGUUAGUUAAAUGGGAAAUUAUACCGUAGCAUUCGUAUCAAGCAACGCGACUAAAUAAAUAAUAAUGAUCACUGUGAACACCGAUAUUCGGAAAACAGUUUCGUCGAAAGAGAAGAUGACGAGACAGUUACCCAAUGGUAGAUGAUAAUGUAGCAAAUUCAAUGCAAUAUUUCGCAACCCAUAUUUUUAUAUAAAUAUUUAUAAAUAAUGUACAUACUACGACAUAUAAUCCGUUUGCAAUGUUACAACGUUAUAAACAUAUUUUUAUUGUUGGGACUUUACAUGUGAUAUAGUAGAAAACUGCGGAUAAAUAAAACAAGAUACAAAUCAUUUUGUUUUGUUGUUA